UAAAAGACAGCUGUAAAAUAAAUAUGUCGAUUGGGCACUUUUCAGUCUGAUGAAAUUCGGCAUGUUCAAGUUUUAAUAUAGAAAGCUGAACGUUACAAACAUGGAAAAGUGGUUGAGAGAUAGAUUGUCCAACUGUCUGGAUUUUGAAGUUCCAGAUGACAUGAUUAAAUAUAUUCUAUCAAUGAAGACUUCCAACGAGUUUGAUGAGUAUUUCGAAUCUUUACUGAACAAAGAUUGUGAGGACCAUCGGACGUUUUUGACAGAUUGCAAACAGCGCCUCUUCAGCAAAGCUCUAGCGAAUAAGAAGCAAAAUCAACAGCAACAAGCCAAAAAGGUUCCAAGCCCAGGUCUUACGGAAAUCAAGCAAAAUAAGUCGUCGUCUCCCAAUAAUAGUAAACUUGAUGCCGGUUCAGGUGGUCAGAAUCAACAUUCCCAAGCACAAGGUGCCAAAAAGAAAACAAAAUAUGUCAAUUUAUACACAAACGAUGGUAAAGUUAUUGGCGACACAAUUAUGCUAAAAGGCCGUCGAUUUUGCGAUUGCCAAGCAGCGCAGCAUAAACUGGUUAACAAUUGUCUGAGUUGCGGACGCAUUGUUUGCGAACAGGAGGGUAGUGGGCCUUGUUUGUUUUGUGGAAACAUUGUUUGUACCAAUGAAGAGCAACAUGUUUUAAAAUCGGCAGGAAAAAAAGGUGAAACCCUUAUGAAGACGCUCAAAGAAAAAGGAGGUGGAGAAUCUUUAAAGAAGGCCCUGGAACAACGUGAUCGUCUACUAGAAUAUGAUCGGAAUAGUGAAAAACGUACCACAGUCAUUGACGACGAACUCGAUUACUUCGAAGAGAAUUCGGUUUGGCACUCUGAUGAACAACGUGCUGUGUUUGAAAAAUUAAAACAGGAAAUGCACGACCGUAAGCACGCCAGCCGCAUAAACCGUAAAAUUAAAAUCGAUUUCGCAGGACGGGAAGUUGAUGAGGAUGUUACCAUUUCGUCAGAAUAUGAAAAGGCUGUUUUGAAAGAAGUUGCUACGAUUAAUGCCAAAUCAGACAAUGCCAACAAUUGGUCCAAUCGUAAACAUACACAAAAAACUUAUGAUGACAAUGGAGAUGUAGAUCCCAAUAUGGAUGGAAUACGCCCACUUUAUCGUCCAUCUGCAGAAGAGAGAGCCAGAAAUAAGGCAUCGUCAGUGGUCAAUGAUGGAUUAGAACGGGUUUACAAUCGGGUACAGGACAAAGAACUACUAGAAAUGCAGGAUUUGCGUCAGUGUUUGUCAAUGCACCAACCGUGGGCUUCAUUGCUAGUGGCAGGUAUUAAAAAACACGAGGGCCGUGUUUGGUAUACCGAACAUCGUGGACGCUUAUGGAUUGCUUCAACUGCUAAGGAACCAAGGCCUGAAGAGAUCAAAGAAAUGGAAGACUUCUACAAAGUUUAUUACAAUGAUCCAACUAUAAGAUUUCCUGAACAUUAUCCCACUGGCUGCCUACUGGGUUGCGUUAAGGUCGAUGAGUGUCUUCCGCAAGAAGAGUAUCAGGAAGUUUAUCCAAAUGGUGAAUCGGAUUCACCAUAUGUAUUUAUUUGUUCAAAUCCUGAACAACUGCCCGUUGUGUUCCCUAUCAAAGGGCAGCACAAAAUCUAUCAAAUAGAUCCCAAAAUUCAUAAUGCUGCUUGCAAAACACUUUUGCGAAUGAAGGUCAACAAGGGCUAAUAAAUGGCGCCGAAAAACCCCAUCAUUCAAAAACAAAACAUAAAAUAAUUGAUUUUUUUAAUAGGAAACGCGGAAGUUAGUGUAGACAACAGAAAUAAAAAGCACAAUUAAAUGCCAAAAGAGCAAA